CUGAGAAUCGAUUCGUCCCCAUGUCGACUACAGAAUUUGAUAUCAAAUAGGGAAAGAAAAGGGGUUGUUUGGAAUUUCAAAGUACAAACUCUCGACAAUCUCAGGCCAAGGUCAUCGCAAGAAGACGAUGUGCAAACAUACAUUUCUACGCUAUGAGGAGUUGCAAGACAUGUUUCAAUUUCUCCAGAUGAUCGACGAAUAAUCCGGAUCAGUCCCGAAUCAGUAGCCACGUCGACUGUAAUUGGAAGGAUCCCCAGGUUGUGAUCUCGAUCUAGUUUAACCAUGUCUUAGUUCCCGGUGGCGCAGUUCCAUUCUGGUUCGCUUUAGUUCUAAGAAGAACGUCUAUAAAAGCAUCAGGGUCCUACUGGACCUGAGCAUCAACAAGUCAGAAUCAAAAUCAUUCGGGUUCCUCUGUCAAAGCUAUCAUCACAUAUUCAAAAUGAAGUUCUCUAUCGCUGCCAUCGCCGGCCUUGCCAGUGCCGCUGCUGCUGCCAGCCUUCCCGCUGCUUUCACCCUCGUCGCUGACGGUGGUCGUACCGUUCUCACUGAUGGCGAGAACGCCUGGGUGGGUGUCAACAGCACUACCCACGAGAUUCUCAUCCUGCGUGGUGGCGGUGACAACGGCCCCGUUUCUUUCACCUCCAAGUCCCAGACUCCUACUGGCUUCCAAAGCCUGUAUAUUGUCGAAAACGAGGUUGAGCCUGUCGGCCUGACCCGACCUCACUCCGCUGCCGUACCUGAGGGUGCUAACACCACUGGCUUCGGUGUCAAUGAUGAAGGUUACUUCACACACAACGGCAACGCCUGGUUCGCUAUUGACGGCUACGAUGAUGGCAAGACUGCCAAGGAGAUCUACUGGUACGGUAGCCACAAUGCCGAGUUUGGUGGCAUCAACCUUUGGGUCAAGGAGUGCAAGGGCUGCUAAUGAUUCCUAAGAGACUGUUCAUGUACAUAUCAGAGCCGGGUUGAACUGGCAUUGUAUUUAUUUAUCCGGAGCCUUUAGAAGUCUCCUCUUCGCUCAUUAGCAUGCAAUAAUUGAUAUUUUCAAUACUAAACACUACAU